GACACCUGGCUACGGUACGAGAUCCCGCCCACACGCGUACACAAUUCGCUCGUAGAGCGUAAUCCCGCCCCACUAGAACUUCUUAUUGGACAACGUGCCACGCCCAUUGAGUUUGUUGCCAUUGCUGAGAAUAGUGUGUGUCAACUAUCUCGGGUUCUCAAGAACACACAAGUCGGCUUCACCUGCUAGAGAAGAUGGCCAAGUUUUCGAUUAUGGAUCUUUGCCCGGAUCUCGUUGAUCAAUCAUCAUCAAGGCCUAUUGUCAAGCAAGAAGCCGGUACGAAAAAUGUAGCCACAUCGGAAGCCACUACCAAUCACAUUGAAGACGAUUAUGCUGAUGAAGGAAUUGAAGAAGGGCCGUCCGAAAGUGGAGAUAGCACAAAAGACUUCUCAAAAUCACCAGAAGGCUCAACAGAAGACAAUGAAAAGAAAACCAACCCUAACGAUAAGCCGCCUUUCUCCUACAACGCUCUCAUAAUGAUGGCAAUCAAAAGCAGUAGUGAGAAAAGGUUGACUCUAUCCGGCAUCUAUGACUACAUUAUGACAAAUUAUCCCUUCUAUCGUGACAAUAAGCAAGGCUGGCAAAACUCUAUUCGUCACAAUCUGUCUCUAAACAAGUGCUUUGUGAAAGUGCCAAGAAGUUUCGAUGAUCCUGGAAAAGGAAACUACUGGAUGUUGGAUGCUUCGUGUGAAGAUGAAGUUUUCAUCGGUGGAGCUACUGGAAAACUACGACGACGGCCCUCAUCCAUGAGUCGCGCCAGAAUGGAUGCCUUCAAGCAAUACGGCGCUGCUGCGGCGGCUCUUUUCCCUCCGUACAGUCAAGUGGUCUUCCCUCGUCCACCUCAUCCAUUUCCUCCUCGUCCCAUCCUCCCAAUUCCUACAUUUUAUUCCCAUACUGACCUAAUGCAUCUAUUAACUUUUUUUGACAAGUUGACGGGUUCAAUUGUGUAUAAUGUGCGUAUUAGUGAGAGGAUAAUGAGUAAAUGA